CUCCAUCAUUUGCUGAAUGAUCCUCUUUAUCUUUCUCUUUAUGCGAAACUAUUCUGGCCGCUGCUAAGCGCGGAUCACUGCGAGACCGUGAGUACAGUCCCUUGUUUUCGCUUCAACAAGUUCAUCAAGUUCCUCUUUAUUUUCCGCUGCCUUACCCAAAACCAUGGGUCAAUGCUGGCAAAUCGUGAAUAUCGACAGACACGAGACUCUCGGAAACUGGGGUGAACUGGACAGUUUCUUUUGCAUCCCCAACUGUUUUGCCGAUCUCAUCUCUCUUUUGGCGGACCCGUCACCGUGGGCGGGCUGCCGUAUCAUGUGUAUCGGAGGUCAGAUGAAAGAUUGUCCGCCAGGCAUCCUCACCUCUGAGGAACUUGCCGAGAUCAAGAAGCUCCCUACCACCAGGUACGGCAAGACUCUGUAUACGUUGGCGGCCGGAUAUUAUGAGGAAGCAUCCCCUUGGCAAUAUCGCAGCUUGCGCGGGAUGGUCUUGAGGAAUUUGGCGAAGCGUGUUUAUGUGCGGCGGGAUGUGGUGGAGGAGGAAUUAAGACUCAAUAUCGGCGAUCUUUGCAAUGUACUGCUUACCAACAUCUGUUGGUCAGCCGGUUCGUGUGAGAUGGAAGUGGACAUCACGAGAGGCGCGUGGGCGGGGGAUAGGCUCGAUGUGGUGCCAUUUAGUGUGGUCGAGAAUAACGAGGAACGGGAAGAUGUGACUGAAGAUCAGGUUAAACUUACUAGGUUUGCACUUGACCGUAGCAUGUAA